UCGUGCGUCAGUGUUCGCUUUUGCGCUGCACUAUGCAGCCCCAUAAAAUAAUCAUCGCAUAUUUUUGCAUUACAAUCACAUACAUUAGUGCAAAGAACAGUCAUUCAGGUGGCCAUGGACACAGUACAGGAUCGAGAGGACAUUCGUAUUCAGGGCACUACGUCCAUUCAUAUCACGGAUAUUUCUCAUAUCAUCCACCGAGCCAUAUUUACUAUCAGUGCCGUUACUGUACUUCGCCGCAAUCUUACCCCGUGUACCAUGGCUCACCACCCACAUACGUCUUCAAGUAUAGAGAAUCUGGCGGUCACUUUGGACAUUUAUUGAGUGGUCUUGCUUUGUACAAUUUAGGGAGAAUAUUAGGUGAACCGCAACACCAUUCCAGUGUACAUUAUACGGCGCAUAGAAAAGAAAAUUGUUCGAUCCAAAUUGUUGAUCACGAAAAUUUUGAGGAGGCCUCGUUCCCCUGUUUCAUGAUGUCAUCUUUUAUGAAGAAUUCUAUGGAAAAACAAAACACAAGUGCGGAAACUUUUGAUAUAUCGUCGUCUCAGAUUCACAUACAUCCAAAUAUCACCACUGGAUCACCAUUGGAAGUGACGAAUCGCCUUGAGUGUACAAUUUGGCACAACUCAACUACGAAUCGAGAAAAUUAUACAAUGCCGUGUACUUUGUUGAAACAAUACGCAGAUACAGUGAAGGCUGGUGGUCUACCUGUAUACAUUUGGCUACCAUUGCUGUUAGCUGCGGUGAUCUCCAUUUAUAUGUGUUGCCAUUGCUGCAACAGGAAUAAUAAAGAAGAUUCAAAGGAAAAGGCACCACUGAGCCAAGUGAAUGCUGUGACUUACUGUUCUAAUUAAAUAAUAGGUGUUAAAUGGCAAAUAUACACCUCUAAAUUUAUGUUUU